AUGAACUCACUCUUCUUUGUCAAUUGCAACUAUGAAUCCGUCGUAACCAUGGAUGGUCGCGUAGCGCUCUACAACACCAAUGACGGGACUACCAAAAACUAUUUAUCCGGAGAGCUAAGGCAGCUUCCGUUUCUUUACAUCUUUUCCGCCUUCAUUUAUGUGUGUUUUCUAGGGUUUUGGAUUUUAGUAUGCUUCAAGAACCAAAGAUCUUUUCACAGGGUGCAUUUACUAAUGGGUAUGUUGCUUGUUAUGAAUUUGGUUGUUUUAAUCUCUGCGGCAGCGGAUCUAUAUUAUGUGAAGUUUACAGGUACUCCUCAUGGAUCGGAUGUCUUAUAUCACAUGUGUAAGUUUGUCAGGACUGUGCUUUUGUUCACCUUAAUUGUGCUGAUUGGUAAUGGAUACUGUUUCUGGAAGCCAUUUUUGGAAGUAAAGGAAAAGUUGGUUUUGAUGAUUGUGAUCCUACUUCAGGUUUGGGCUAAUGUGUAUGCUAUAUUUGAAUGGAAAGCCGGACCUUAUAAUAAUGAAGAGGACUUCGUUGAUUCUCUAAGUAUAGAUUUCAUCUGUUGCUUUGUUAUUUUCGUCCCAAUAUGGUUUUCGGUUAUCUGGUUUAAUAAGGAUAAUCAUGAGACUGAGGGCAAUGAUGUUAUGAAUAGGGUAAGGCUGUGUCUAUUUGGGUUUGCGGUUUUUGCAUACGUGUUCUUUACGAGGUUUUUGAUGGUUGCAUUUUUGAUACCAUCGAAUCAUGGGGUACAGGAAAUAAGCCUUCUUGUGUUAUGUAUGGUGGUGUUUUACAUUUUCCGGCCAUCUGAUGAGGAUUGUGAUGGCAAAGCAGUCGAGAUGGCUGCAUGGAAAUCGGACAUACCUUCUCUUUGUUAUGCCGUUGUUGCUACUGUUUAG